AUGCCUGAAAAUUUGCAAGCGGAACCCCCGCAAGAUGGCAAUGAGUCCACCCCCAAGGUACAAGUUCAACGCCUUAAAAUUACUAGGCCUUCUGAGGAUGCGGAUAAGAAGAGUGCUUUGAAGAGGGUCAAAGAUGUUGAAGUGUGUGUGCCCAUUGUUUAUGGAACAAUAGCAUUUUGGCUUGGCAAAAAAGCUAGCGAAACUCAGUCACAUAAGUGGACAGUAUAUGUUCGUGGGGCGAAGAAUGAGAAUCUUGGGGCGGUGAUUAAGAAAGCUGUAUUUCAAUUGCAUCCCAGCUUUAAUAACCCAGUUAGAGUUGUUGAGUCACCACCCUUUGAGCUAUCAGAAUGUGGUUGGGGAGAAUUUGAGAUCGCUAUCUCCCUUUUCUUCCACGACGAUGUCUGUGAUAAGCAGAUAGAUUUGUAUCACCAUUUGAAGUUGUAUGCCGAAGAUGAAAGUGGACCACAGUCAAUCAAAAAACCGGUUGUGGUCGAGAGCUACAAUGAGAUUGUUUUCCCUGAACCUCCUGCAGACUUUCUUGCUCGAGUGCAAAAUCAUCCUGCAGUUGUAGUUUCUAGACUCCCUUCCUCAAUCAAUCUGUCCCUUGUUCCCGCUGAGAAUGCUCAUGAAAUUGAGAAGGGUGACACAAAAACACAUGCUUUAAGUCCGUUUUUCAUGAUUUUCUCUGAGGCAGAUGAGCUGCUAAAACUUUCUGGAGCCCGUCAACAGGUGCAAGCCCAUAUUGUUAAACUCAGAAGGCAGCUGAGCAUGAUGGAUAGGCCGCCUCAAUCUUUUUAA